GGGUCACGCGCCACAGCCCUCCUAACAAAACAUCUUUGGCUAAUAACAUUUCUGCCGCUCUAACUCGUAGUACAUAUAGUGAGCUAUUUGGAUAGACGGAGAAAAGACUUUCUCAUUUGAAUGAUUUCAACCUAAAAUGUGGUCAUCAAGCUUACUGUUGUUGAUGGUAGCCCUUGCCGUGGUCAGUGGGAGCUCCACACGUGAGUACACAAACUCAUGUAGUUAGUUACAUGAGUUAUUUUUGUGUUUUAUAAAAAUAGCUCAUAGGGUAACAAUAGGGUAACAAUAGGGUGCAGUUACUUUCCAUAGAUCUGGUUAUAUCCAUGUUUCUCCACAUUAUGAUACAUAAAAUAAGUAUUACGGGAUUGUUAAAGUUAGAACAUCCAUAAACAUUUCUCUAAAACUGACCCCCGUACAGGCACCGCCCCGAUCCGGUGCAUGCUCCAUUGUGACAUUGGCAGGGGUCUCGUGUUGAGCCCAAGCAGGUGUUCAUGUGCCCCCAUCAACGGGACAGGGACCUCUGUAACGUGCCCCCACGUCUACUGCCCACUGGGCUCGUGUGAUGUGUUCAAGACUGAUGCCCUGGGAUGUCCGACGUGCCAGUGCGAGUGCCCCAACACCAAGCUGCCUUGCCCGACUGUUGGCUGCAGGUUCGUGGCUAGUUACCUGUCCGUAUUAAUGUAUUUGUAAUUAACGCAUUUUUAUGUGGAAUUAUGCACGUGUAUUUACGUAGCCAUAUAAAAUAGCAUGGGCGCAGUGUUGCCGUAGUGGCGAGAGGGGCGACCACCGAUGGCGGAACUCUUUGGGGUUUAUUUACAACAUUUGAUAAAUGAUGUGUGUGUGCUUGUUAGAGGGCGCCCUUUUUAGAGUUCGCCCAGGUACGCAAAUGGCCGCCAGACACGCAUGAUUGUUUUAAUUAUUUAGAGUAGGGCUGAGCCCCCGUAAUGACCCGGAUAUGCCGAGUAUUGGCACACCCGGUACAUACCCGGAGCCCGUAAAACCGGAAGCGGGUGCGGGUGUAAAAAAAAACGUAUCUUCUCAUUCUCUAUAAUGUGUUCCAGCCAGUGGGGGGUAAAUGUAAAUGAGAAGAUAACCCUUUUUAGCACCCGCAUCUGGACUCAGUAUAAAACUGCAGCCAGCCCAAUCAUAAUUGUCAAGCACAAUAAAGAAAAUGUGUACAUCGUACUUAAGCCUGCAAAGCGAUUAACUUAUACCAUGCCUCUUAGUAUGUUUUCUGAGACAUUUGAAUUCAUAAAUGUUUUGCCAUUUCAGGUUUGGGUCCAGACUGGUAACAGACGACAAUGGCUGCCGGAAAUGCGAGUGCCGGCACUCACGUAGAAAUAGAAGGGCGAUGUCAGUGCCGCGGAGGUGCCCCAUGAGGUGCGCCAUUCGUUGUGCGGGUGGGCAGGUCUUUGACAAACACGGAUGCCCUAUGUGUAGAUGCAAGAGACCAGGACUUUGAUUGAAGUCAGACGACGAGGAUGAGAAUAACUGGUGUAGAGACUAUUUCUUGAUUGGAGUCAGACGACAAUGCUGAGAAUAACUGGUGUUGAGACUAUUUCUUGAAUGGGACUCAGACGCAAAUAAUGAGAAGAACUGGUGUAGAGACUAUUUUUUGAUUGUAGUCAGACGACGAUGAUGAGAAGAACUGGUGUAGAGACUAUUUGUUGAUUGUAGUCAGACGACGAUGAUGAGAAGAACUGGUGUAGAGGCUAUUUGUUGAUUUAGUCAGAAGAAAAUAAUGAGACAUGUUAUUUUGUUAUGUUACAUGCACAUGAGUAGGAGUCUGUGUCAAAUAGCAGUACAUCGGAUACAUUAACUGUGUAUGUAACAUAGGAUAAUCGACCAAAAUAUAUACACCGCUGUACACCACUGCACCCCGCUGUACACCUCUUUAUGAAAGCUUUUAUUUUACUUGAUUUGUUUGUUGUUGUUUUUUUUUGUUUUUUUAGGGGGUGGGGUGCAGUUUGUAUUUGUUUGGCCUCCAUGCAUUGCAAGAAAUGUUGAAAUGUAUCAAGAAAAAUGCAUGUAUAGAGGGACUUAUCAUUGUAUAUGACUUUAGUAAUAAUAUAUAUUAAUAUUUUG